AUGCAGGUUACGGCGGGUGACCUCAACAACCCCAAGCUCCAAUCACUCCUCGCCUACCACUUGCUAGACCUCCAAACCAAAUCGACCCCAGAGACGAGUUUUGUGCUAGAUCUGACGGCACUUCGAAAACCAACAAUGACUAUCUACACGAUCUGGGAGGGUGAUGAAUUGCUCGGUUGCGGUGCCAUCAAGGAAUUGGACUCGACGCACGGGGAGAUUAAGUCUAUGAGGACUGCCCCCGAGCAUACACGAAAGGGUGUAGCCAGAGCUCUCGUGCAGCAUAUGAUCACGGAGGCACGGCGGAGGAGAUAUACUCGACUUAGUCUCGAAACUGGCACGGUAGCUGCGUUUGCGGAUGCUCAACGAUUGUAUGAAAGAUCUGGUUUCGUACGAUGCGAGCCGUUUGCCGACUAUGUCGCUCAUGAAGAUAAUAUGUUUAUGACUAUCAACCUUUAG